CACCGCGACUCGCCCUCUCGCCCGUCCCUUUUCCGCCCACGCGUCGAUUACCGCGCUAACGCCGAUGCGGAGCGAGCAUGGGAAUGCUGGACGUCCUCAAGGUGUUCCUUAGCCAGGAGCUCGAGUACACGAAUGCGCGCGAUCUGAGCUACAGCGAGGUUGCCUGCGUCACCGUGCUGACGUGGGACGUGCUGGUUAUGCUGUCGGAGGAGGUUGAGCUGAUCUGGAAACGAGCCUGGACGCCGGCGAAAACCAUGUACCUUAUCGCACGAUAUAUUCCAUGGCUUGUCCAAUUAGCCUUACUCUCUAUCAACGUAAAUGGGAGCACCGGCCUGGAGUUCACAGACCGCCAAUGUGCCGCCUGGCAAGUCGUCCAGGGCGUGCUCCUCCAAGUCAUCGUCACCACGGUAGACGUGAUCCUCAUCACACGAGUAUACGCCCUAUACAGCAGGAGCCGCGUCCUCCUCGGGAUCCUCGGGAGCCUCUUCGUCGCCGAGCUCACCUUCCUCUGCUACGUCCUCGCUGUCGUCACCCCGCGCCUCACCUACGACGACGAGUGCUACGUCACCUCCAGCCCCGCCAUCUUCCAGUACUACUGGUGCGCCUCCUCCCCUCCCGUCCCCUUCUCGAUCGUGUCCCUGUUGUUCGAAACGAUCCUCUUCGCGCUCACGAUGUUUCGCUUCUGCGAGGCUGUGCGCCAGGGCUGGGGCCGCGGGCCCGUCUUGCAGCAGUUCGUGUCCGACGGCACAUGGGCGUACGCGCUCGUGUUUGCCACUAUGCUCGUCAACAUGAUGCUCUACAAGUACGUGCGCUCCACGCUCACCGGCAUCUGCUACACGUGGCUACUCGUCGUGCUCUCACUCGCCGGCUCUCGGCUCGUCCUGAACCCACGCCGCGCCUCCGCCGCGCGCUCCGCCACCUCGCGCAGCCGCCUCGAGAGCUCGACGAUCGAGCUCACGCGCCUCUCCGGGGUGCCGCCCGUCUCACCCGUACGCGCCCAUAUGCGCCAAGGGGGCGUCCUUGUCACGAUCGAGCACAUCUCCGAUGUGGACACGGAGUGGGAGAAGGAGGGGCGGCGUUCGGGGAGCACGGUGGGGGACGGCCCGUAUGCCGUGUAGGUUUUUAUGGGGGGAUAGAGACGCGCUGCGAGCACGAGUGUAAGAUGUAC